UUUGGACUGCAGUGGAGGGGCUAAAUUCUGUGGUGCGUCACCACUAGCGUCAAAAUCCACAUUCGAGCGGCGCUUUGUUCCCGAAGCGAGCCCAGCAUUUAUUUUGGGACUGAAGGUACUUUGUGACAACUUGAGCUUCGUUCCAAAUGAAAGUUGUUUGCUCUUCAGCAACACCCUUCCCUCGCUACGACCAGUCACGAAAGGCAGUGCCAGAAAAUAUGGCAUCCAAAGGCCGAUAAUGGAACGAUAGUCCAUUUCCAGCUCCACAAUCCACAGUCUUUACCUUCUUCUCUCCAACGAUGGCCUGGAAUGCCACAACAACAAAGUCCGCUUCAAGAAUCUUUGACAUCACCUGGCUCACCUCACUGAACCCUGCAGGCCGCAAUACCUGGAGCGCCUUCACCAUCAGGUACAGAGAUGCGCGAGUCUACACCGUUACCGCCUUGCGAUGGCGCGAUACACACCCCAAUAACUUCCCACUCAGAAAGCUCUUUGAGCAGCGAUGGGACGAAAGGAUGGAUCCUUUCUGGUGGUCGGCAAUUGCGUACAAAAGCUUGGAAUCAAAGAGGGUGGUGAGGAGUUAUGCAGCAAGGAAAUUGAGGAUAGCGUUCACAGAGUCUUUGAAGAAGAAGGGCUUUGCGCCAGACGGGAAUACGCUUAUGGGAGGGGAGGCAGGUCCUUUGACUGGGACGGCUCAACUCACUCCUAAUGAGACUAUUCUCAAGACCAGACUGAGCGAUCUGGUUAUCCAGACAGAUGCUGCUUUGGAGGAAGUGUUGAGGAUUAGGGAGAAAGGGCUCAAAAAGAAGGCCGCUGGAUUUCCCAAUGGCAAUGGCAAAGAGAGCCGAAGGAGCGGCCAAAGGAAAAUUCGAGGACACACUCCAUGGACCACAAAUAAUAGGAAGUGAAUGUAAACUCUCCCACGCUAAGAACAAAUGUGC